CCAAAAACCUAUUCUCUCACUUUCCUUUUCUGCCCCUUCAACGCAUUUCUUCUUCUCUUCCUCGCUCUUUCUCCGUUUCUCCAUCGCUGCCCCCAAAUCGCUGAGCCCGAUCCAGUUCUCCAGAAUCCCUACUUUUCUCCCAAGCGCUCCUCACCGCCCUAAUUUCCCCCAUCACCACCCGAUUCCGGGAGGCAGAUCUACGCGCUGCCUUCAACUCGUCCUGAGAUUGGGCGGUCGAGGGGAACGAUCUAGGGUUUUGUCUCCGCUGGAGUGGGGGGAACUUCGACCUACAAGUGGCCGACCUUCGAAAUUUGCCGCCGAUUCGACUGGAAUUUAGCCGAUCGAUACCUUGCUGCCACCUCCCGCGUCCAGAUUUUGGUUUGUUGGUGUCGGCCACUCGAGCGAAGGGGCUUUAGCUCGGCGAAGCUUGAUUCGAAGCGGCGACCAGUGGAGAUUGCGUCUUCCAGGAAGUGAUAUAGAGCUCUUCGCCAUCAUCUGCGAAUAGUUGAUUCUGCUGCGUCCACCAUCCUGCCCGUACGAAGCAAGUCUUUUUGGGCUAUUUUUCAGAUGGAUCUUGGAGAUAUUAUUUAAAGACAGAGCCCGCCGGCCCUCCCUCUGGGAAUCAUUAGAAAGGAGAUAAAUCUACUGUAUACAAGUCCAUGAUUUCUGUUGUUCUUGUUUAAAAUCAGGCCUACUUCUUUAUUCUGGCCUUUAAUCAGUUUGCGGUUCAUUUUUACUCCGAGAGUUUUGUUAUUUUGGGAAUUAUUAUUAUUUUUUUGAUAUUGGACCAGAAAGAAGAAUAGAGAAAAAAAAAAGUAAUGGCCGUGUAUUAUAAGUUUAAAAGUGCCAAAGAUUACGACUCAAUUCCCAUAGAGGGGCAAUUUAUAUCUGUUGCCAAUUUGAAAGAGAGAAUUUUUGAAACCAAGCUAUUUGGAAAGGGCACUGAUUUCGACCUCAUGAUCUCUAAUGCGCAGACUAAUGAAGAAUAUGUAGAUGAAGGAGCAAUGAUACCCAAAAACACUUCAGUUUUAAUUCGUCGAGUGCCAGGACGACCUCGGAAGCCUAUUCUUACAGAAAGAGACGAGCCUAAAGUUGUAGAGGACAAGGUAGAAGAGCUUCGACCAGCGAGCAGCAUGCUGGUUGGGGAUUCAUCUACUAACAAAUAUCCUGAUGAAUAUGAAUGGGAUGAGUUUGGAAAUGAUCUGUAUGCCAUUCCUGAUGUAAACCAGUCACAAAUCAGUAUUCCUGUCGUCGAUGUUCCUCCUGUAAACAAUGUUGACGAGGAAAGCAAACUUAAGGCUUUAAUUGAUACACCAGCUCUUGACUGGAGUCGUCAAACUCAAGAAUCUUAUGGUUCUGGAAGAGGUCAUGGAAGAGGCAUUGGUGGAAGGACUAUGGGUGGCCGUGGUUUUGGACGUGGUAUGCUUGAACGGAAGACACCCCCAGCUGGUUAUGUCUGUCAUAGAUGCAAAGUGCCAGGCCAUUUUAUCCAGCAUUGCCCCACAAAUGGAGACCCUAAUUAUGAUAUCAAGAGGGUGAGACCUCCAACAGGGAUUCCAAAAUCAAUGUUGAUGGCUACUCCUGAUGGAUCCUAUGCUUUGCCAAGUGGAGCAGUUGCUGUUUUAAAGCCAAAUGAAGCUGCAUUUGAGAAAGAGAUUGAGGGUUUACCGACCUCUCGUCCUGUUAGUGAUCUUCCUCCUGAGCUGCGAUGCCCAUUAUGUAAAGAGGUAAUGAAAGAUGCAGUGCUAACUAGCAAGUGCUGUUUCAGGAGUUUCUGUGAUAAAUGUAUUAGAGACUACAUUAUGUCAAAGUUGAUGUGCAUAUGUGGUGCUACUAAUAUAUUGGCGGAUGACCUCCUUCCAAAUAAAACACUCAGAGAAACAAUUAAUCGGAUAUUGGAAUCAACAACCAGUAGCACAGAAAAUGCCGGAAGCCUGGUUCAUGUCCAAGAUAUGGAAUCAGCUCUUCCAGUACAGCCAAAAAUUCCGUCUCCUUCCCUUUCUGCUGCUUCAAAAGGUCAGUCUAAGCACCCUCCUAUGGAUCAAUCUUCCCAUACGAAGGAUGGGGAAGUUGCUAGUGAAAUCAAAACAGCAGACAAUGAGUUGAAUUCUUUAGACAAGCAAGCUGCUGUAACUGCAAAUGUAUCUGAGGCAACACCAGAAUCUCUUAGCAAGGGGCAAAAGUCACCAGAAAGUGCUCCAGUGGUGACUGAGGAUGUCCAGGAAAAGCAACCUGCUGGAGAACAAGGAAAGAAGAAAAAGAAAAAGAAAGCUCGAGUACCUGCCCCAGUUACUGAUAUGCAAUGGAGAGGCUACCCAGAUGUUGGAGCUGAAAAUUUUGGUAUGCCUCUGGCAGCUUCAGGUUACAACCCUUACUGGGGAGGGGGGAUGCCACUCGGAGUUGAUGCCUCCUACAUGGCUCCUUUUGGUGCUCCAAUGCCAUUCAUGGGUUAUCCACCUGGUCCCUUUGAUGUUCCAUACGGCGGAGGGAUGUUUCCGCAAGAUCCAUUUGCAGCACAAGCUUAUAUGAUGCCAACAGUUCCAAGGGAUCUAUCUGAGUUAGGCAUGGGUAGCAUGGGCAUGACUCAGGGGGCUCCAGGCAUGAGCAGAGAAGAGAUUGAGGCCAGGAAGGUUGAUAUAAAGCGCAAGCGAGAAAUAGACCGACUCAAUGAAAGGGAGCCCAGGAGGGAGUCAAGCAGCAUAAAUGAUGCUUCAAUGAAACCAAAGCCUAGGCCGAUGCCCCUCCCGCAGCGGUCUGACCGCGACCGUUCUGAGAAGUCUGCAGGCACGGACCGGCAUGGAUCGGUCCGCGAGCGCGAACCUACGCGGCAUUCGCCGCCUCGCCCUCGCAAGAGGAAAGUCACAGACCACGAGCAGCCUUCCGAAGCCGCCGCCGCCGCGGCCGAGGCUGCUAAGGCGGACAGGAAACAGAAGGCCAGCGUUUUCUCCCGCAUCAGCUUCCCCGAGCCUGGAGAGGGAAAGAAGAGGAAGGGCUCCUCCUCGUCCGACGCGGCGCCGAGGAACGGGGUGAAGGAGAUUCCGGUGAGCCACAAGUCAGGCUCCGAUGGGCACCGCGAUGAGGUCAAGCGAACAGGGAGGAACUCGUCAGGGAGCGCGAGGAGGGGAAGCAGGGGCCACGACUGCGAGUCUAGCGAAGAGGACUACCAUUUCAAGCGGAGGCCGUCGUCGAGGAGGGAAGCAACUGCGGACGCUGAGGAAGCGGCUACCAGGCCGCCGAGGCGUUCACGUGAGCGCGAGUCUCAGGAGCGGGGCGGAAGGGAUCACGGUAACGACCACGGCCAUGAGCGUGCUGCCAGCAAAAGAAGAAGAGAGAGAUAGUACCUGGAAUGAAUCGGAGUCAAUGGCGCUCUCCAGUCGUCAGUCGAUGUUAUUACGUGAUUAUCGAUGGAUUAAGUCCACAAUUUCAUAAAUGAGAAUUCAAUUAUUAAUACCCCUAAAAAUUUUCUUUUUCUUUGCUGA